AUGAAAGCAGUCGUUGCUGGAGCUUCCGGUGGCAUUGGCCAGCCGCUGUCUCUCCUCCUCAAGGCCUGCAAAGAGGUCGACCACCUCUCCCUCUACGAUGUUGUCAACACUCCCGGUGUUACCGCCGAUCUGUCCCACAUCUCCUCCGUCGCCAAAAUCGAAGGCUACCUCCCCGCCGAUGAUGGAAUGAAGAAGGCGUUUACGGGAGCCGACAUUGUCGUCAUCCCCGCCGGCAUUCCCCGCAAGCCUGGCAUGACCCGUGAUGACCUGUUCAAGAUCAACGCUGGCAUCGUUCAGGGCCUCAUCCAGGGCGUCGCCGACUACUGCCCCAACGCAUACGUCCUCGUCAUCUCCAACCCCGUCAACUCCACCGUCCCCAUUGCCGCUGAGGUCCUCACCAAGGCCGGCAAGUUCAACCCCAAGAAGCUCUUCGGUGUCACCACCCUCGAUGUCGUCCGUGCCGAGACUUUCGUCCAGAGCAUCACUGGCGCCCGCGACCCCGCUGAGACUGUCAUUCCCGUCAUUGGUGGCCACAGCGGAGAGACCAUCGUCCCCUUGUUCUCCCAGGCCAAGCCUGCCGUCAAGAUUCCGGAAGACAAGCUUGAGGAGCUGACCAAGCGUGUCCAAUUCGGUGGUGAUGAAGUCGUCAAGGCCAAGGACGGUGCUGGUUCUGCCACCCUCUCCAUGGCAUACGCCGGCUACCGCUUCGCCGAGCGCGUCAUGCAAGCCGCCAAGGGCAAGACGGGCAUCGUCGAGCCAACCUUCGUCUACCUGCCCGGCAUCGAGGGCGGUGACGCGAUCGCCAAGGAGACCGGCUGCGACUACUUCUCCGUCCCCGUGGAGCUGGGUACCGACGGUGCCAAGAAGGCCGUCAACAUCCUCGGGUCCGCCAACGCCUACGAGAAGAAGCUCAUCGAGAAGUGCGUCGAGGACCUCAAGGGCAACAUUGCGAAGGGUGUGGAAUUCGUCAAGAACCCCCCGAAGAAGGAGGAGAAGAAGUAA